AGUUGGUGGGGGUAAUGCACCAUAAAAUAGCUUUGCGUAAAAGACAAGAAGAAGAAGAAAAAGGAGACGCAGAAAAAACAGCUCAUCAACUUUACGCAGUUCACUACAUUUAUUCCACUCUGUAUCAAACGUGCUGAAUCCUCGUCGCAAUCGUAAAGUCUUGAUCGUCGUGUGAAAAUGUCUGCAAGAAGCACUGCAGAGUACGAGGAGGAACUUUGUGGAUUUAAACAUGAGAAGGAGCCACAACUCCCUGAUGCUGUGUUCAUUUUUCAGCCUCAAAUAGUGCAAUACAAAGCAGAUCUCACUGAAGAUCUUGUGUGGCCGAAACCUGAGCCUCCCCACAUCAAAGAGGAACAGGAGGAAGAGUUCCCCCGUGUCAAAGACGAGGAGCCUCAACUCUCUGACGUGAAAGAAGAAGAGGAUGAUGAAUACACCUCCAUCAAACGGGAAGAGGAGGCGAAGGAGGAUAUAGCAAAGUUUCCAUUGAAUGGUGUCCUUUUGAAGCGUGAAGAUGAAAGUCACGAGAACGGAGGAAUGGAGCCUCAAAGUAACAGCUCAAGUCAACACAUGAAAAGAGUGAGUGAUGGAGAAGACCAUUGUGGAGGAUCACAGGUAGAUGGGCUCUUCGCGCCACUAUCAAACAGUGACGACACAUCACACUCUUUUGAUGACGGCGAACAGUCUGGAGGUGAGAUGACUUGUCACCCUGACAACAAACGAUGGAAAUGUUCUCAGUGUGGAAAAACUUUGCAUGACGAGAACAAUUUGAAACAACACGUGAGAAAACACACUGGUGAGAAACCUUUGGCUUGUUCAGAUUGUGGUAAAACAUUCUCCGAAAAAGGAAAUUUAAUCAAGCACAGGAUCAUACACACUGGAGAGAAGCCUUUUACCUGUUCAGUUUGUAAUCAAAGAUUUUCAAGGAAGGGAAACUUAAAAACUCACACAAGAACCCACACUGGGGAGAAACCAUUUGUCUGCUUAGUUUGUGGUAAAAGAUUCUCUGAGAAGGAAGGCUUGAAAAGACACACAAGAACCCACACUGGUGAUAAACCUUUUGACUGCUCAGUUUGUGGUCAAAGAUUUUCUGUCAAAGGAAGCUUAAAAAUCCAUGCAAGAAUACACAGUGGAGAGAAACCCAUUGUUUGCAUAGUUUGUGGAAAAAGAUUUUCUGAAAAGUGCGCCUUAAAAGUACACACACGAAGGCACACUGGUGAUAAACCCUUUUCCUGUUCAGUUUGCGGUCGAAGAUUCACUCAAAAGGGAAGCUUAACAAUGCACACAAGAACCCACACAGGUGAUAAACCUUUUUCCUGCAUAAUUUGUAAUCAAAGAUUUGCUGUGAAAGGGAGCUUAAAAAGACACACAGCAACACACACUGGAGAGAAACCUUUUUUCUGCUCCAUUUGCCCUCAAAGAUUCACUCAGAAGGGAGACUUAAAAAUACAUACACGAACCCACACUGGUGAUAAACCGUUUGCCUGUGCUGUUUGUGACCAAAGAUUUGCCCGGAAAGAACACUUGAAAAGACACACGAGAACUCACACCGGAGAGAAACCAUUUGUUUGCUCAGUUUGCGGUCAAAGAUUCUCUGUGAAGGGGAGCUUAAACAGGCACACGAGAACACACAAUGGAAAGAAACCUUUGCCUGUGCCAGUUGUGGACAAAGAUUAUCUUCUCAGAAUGGGCAUAAGACAUGCAACUGUGCUGGUGAGAAUCGCUGUGAGCAAAAAGAUUUCAAAUUAGUUUAGGUUGGGAGUGCUCAGUGCGUCAAUCGGGUCAAUCGCAAAGGUAGUGUUGGUCGAUUGGAUGACCCAAUGACAUAAAAAGAGAAGCCUAUCAUCCAUCCUGUCACUCGAUUGAUAUACAAAUAUAAUUGAUGACAUUACUGAAUUUUUCUGUCACGCAUAUGUAUAUACAACCGCUAAAAGUUAACUGGAGCUGCUAAGUAUGUCAGAACUAACAAGCAGGUCAGUGAGUUAUCUCCACUUUUUAUCCGAGGGUAUGAAAAUGAAUUUGGCGUGGACCUAGAAGAGAAAAGCUUACUACUUAUUACUGUAUAUUUUACCGUUCCACCCUAAUGGACCUUUUCGACCUGUGAAUCACUCGUACCAUACUAGCCAAUCAGACAGCCACAUUGUAUUAACCCUUGGCUUGACCCGCGCCUUUUGUUGUCAUGCCCCACAAGCAAUGGGGGUUAUCAGACGAGUGCGCUUGGAAAAGUUAAUAUUACGAACAAAAUGGUCCUCAGAUGCGCUUGGGGAACAUGCAAUUCUGAUGAAAGAUAUCCAGCUAGGUUACAAGGGGCCCAGUUGAUUCAUUUUUCCAAACCCUAAAACAGUUGAAGUGUCUACAAUGGAUUAAGGCUCGUGGAAGAGCGUGCGUACAACUAAAUGUAAACAAUAACAAACAAGCCUGUAUGUCCGAAGGUAAGUGAGGGAGAAGUAUCUUCUCUGAGUUUGAUCGAAUUAUUAUCAGUGCUUUAUACAUUGCAGGAGAACAACUUUCAGUUAUUUAGUUAGUGUAUCACUGACCUGCUAAAUGAAGUAAUGCGUAUAUACGCGAUGUCAUGCAAGAGAAAUGUCUAUUUGCCCAUUUGUAUCGCAUUGGAGUUUUAAGACAGGGCACUGGGUUCCUUUACGAGCCAAGUCAAAUGAAUACACCCACUCACUUAUAAGACUACAAAGAUAUUACUCUUUCCAAGUAAAAAGUACUCACCCUGCUUUACAUGUGCAGUACGAUUCCACCAAUUGAUCCUAUUUGGAUUUCAAUAUGAAGUUUGUGAGGCGUCAAACUUUUUUGCAUAGAUCAACGUUUCGCUGUAACUCUUGACAUUGCGUCUUGCUCCGUUCAAAAUCUUAAAUUUGUGUACAUGUCUUUGCGUGAAAUCGUUGAGGCCUCUCUGUAGAACUCUCUUGGACAAGUCUGACGCAUUUGGGAAAAAAAAUACCCCAAUAUUAUCUGGAAUACGUGAUAGAGAAUCCAGUUCAAAUCAGUCGCCAUUUUGGAAGAUUGUGGGGCAUGGCAACUGUAGCUAAGUGGGGCAGAGCUGAAGAUCGCCAGUCGGAAAGGUCCGUUGAUGAUCAUUUGGAAGAAACUACACUAUGAAUUAAUGUGUUGUGCAAGACUGAACUGUGUCGGCGGCCCAGAAUUUUAGCUCACUAUUUGUCUGCGCUCUCAAACCGUAGACAUUGUUGUGACCCACUCCCCAAGAUAAAAAUAAAGGUAGGUCAUGAGGUGCUGGUGAAAAUUAGAUCUUGGGGCAAAAAAAAAAAUGUUUAGGCAACCCUAGUUUAGGUAAGAAUAUAUUUAAGUUUUCAUUUAUAGGCUAAGGGUAAGGCCAUGUUUUUUUGUUUUUUUUAAGCCUAUGCUGAUUUUAACCCACCAAAUCCCCACCAUUACAACCUAAAAAAAAAUCCUUCAAAGCAUUAAAUAACUACAGAUUGAAAUUUCAUUAAUGAAAAAUAAAAUAAUCUUUAAACAUAAAUCAAUCCGUACAAUGUUUUCCCUGCAAUCUAACACAAAAUAAGAUUAAUGCAAUUUCUUGUUCAUGCCAUCAUAUAUAUUUUUUCCUUGACUUUUUAACAUAAGUUACGCACAUGUUUUCUGUUUUUUGUAUUGCUGUUAUAUUGUAUUAUAUUAGUUAUAUUAUGCUUUAUAUUUUUUGAUAUGUAGGAAUUACCUUUUCAUUUUUUUGGUGGGGGGAGUUAUAGUUUGAAAAGAAUUUGUUCUCGAUAAUACCUUUUUAUCUCGACCAUAAUAUCAAAACUGUAUUUUAUUUUGAAGUGUUUUGCAAUAUGUAGUUUCUUUCUUAGCAUUAAUCAACAGGAUGUUUAUUUUUUUUAAUUGAAAUUCCUGAGCUGUUGAAGAAUUUCUUUUGCUUCUUGACAACUAAUAUGGACAGUUAUUAAAUUCAUUAGCUACAUCUAAAAAAGUUCUUUUUACUUUUAGAAAAUAUUCUGAGUGUUUUUCUUUUUUGGGGGGAACAUUUUUUAAUCGUAUUUUAAUACUCUCCAGUUUGUGUGUUGCUUGUUUUGCUCCUUUAGUUUGCUAUAGAAUAUUCUUUACUAGUUCUUAUAAUAUUGGGUCAUUUAAUUGGGUAAAGUUUUGUCCUUCUUUUGAACAAAUGUUGUCCUUUUAUAUUUUGUGUGCUUUUUGCUCUGCAUGAAUAUUUUCUGUUUUUUUUUUUUUAUUUUAUGGCCAAUGUUUCUUAUAUGACAUUACUACUGACAAAUACAUUAUGCUUAAAUCAGAUGAUGAAAUUUUAUCCCCGAUAUUCGUCUGAUUUAGUAACUGGGGCAUUUCUAUGGGCUAUAUGGCAACUGAUGUAUUUACCACGUCAACAUAUUUCUCACUAAAUAUAGAGCUCGUGCACCUGUCAUAAAAUCACGUGACUCUCCAUAUUGCCGGUCAAACAAAGCAUUGUUGCAAAUUAAUUCCGUUGAGACAUAACAAAAAUAUGUCUUCUGGCACGGCAUCCAGAGUUUUGCCCAAUACCGUUAGACAUUUAGAAGGUGAUCAUAAAUGAAACUACGUGAAAAAAUUAGAGACACUUUGCAUAGGGGACCCAUAUUUAAUGCCGAAGUGGACAUUUUCACCAAUAAGAAAUUGGACCGUUAACCCACUUCCGCUUGUCUUGGAUAACUGGAUCUACACAUGUAUCUGGUGAGUAAGUUGUUAAGAUUUACACGGAAGAGUUUGAAAGCAUGGAAAAGUCUGGAUGAAUACAAAUACUUGGUUGGUGGAUCUGUUCUCAAUCAGGACUAAAUCUCACAUAGUGACGGGUUGACGGGUCGUGAACACGAAAGCGUUCAACCACGCGUUAACCUUUGCCGGAAUCCAUCGACCUUUUCAGCUAAUAUCAAAUACAAAUACCAAUAUUUAAAUCAAUGACCCCUGGUUUUACACAAACUCACAUUCAUUAACUAUGAUUGGAAAAAAAAAAAGACGGAUUGACGGCUUGUGAACAUGGAAGCGUCUUCGGCUACAUGUUAACCUUUGCCUAAAUCCAUUUGAUUUUUCAGCUAAUAUUCAAUACAAAUACCAAUAUUUAAAUAAAUGACCCCUGGUUUUACACAAACUCGCAUUCAUUAACUAUGAUUGGGGGGGAAAAUUAGGAAAGGGAGUCAUCUCUUCUGUACAUUGAAGCGAUUGUGGCAACACUUAACCUCUGUAAACCUCUGCAACAGUUUUUUUUUUUUUUUUUUUUAAUUCACAUUGUUCUCAAAUGAGCCAACUUGACAUUCUAAAUACUACUUGGUAAUUUGAGAUUGAGAAGAAUAAUUCCUACCUGAAAUGAAGCAAUCGCUACACAGGCAUGUGUGUAUUUUGGUUGAGCACCAUCCAUCAUGUUUAAUUGAAGAAAAUCAAAUGAUCUUUUCUGGUCUUUUCAGGUGGUAUGCUAUAGAGUGAUCUCUUUGAAUAUCUGUCUUGUCUGUUGUAACAACCAACAGCACAACAAGUCUCGGUCAUUGUGAAUAUGUUCCUCCGAUACAAUGUCGAGCAGCUCUGUUUGACCGGCAAUAUGGCGCCGUGAAAAUGGUGACAUCACGUGCCAGAGCUUUAUCGCUAUCAUUGCAAUAUAGCGUUUCUUACCAAGAAAGAAAGAAAUACCAGCUGGUGUGUUUAAAACUUUCCUCAUCACUUUAAAUUAUUAAAUAGAUUAAAAAUUCUGAUUAAUUUCUCUUUUUGUACUUGGUUUGAAUGUCUGGAUUACUUUGGACGUUCCCAUCAUCCAGUAAAAUUGUCAUGUCAGUAGUACUUGUGAAAUGUAUUUGAGAAAAAUGUUUUUCAGUGCCUGUGAUUGGCUGGCAACCAGUUGAAGGUGUUCCACGGCCAGCACUCCCGCAACCCUCGUGAGGAUAAUUGACUCAGAAAAUGGAUGGAUUUUAAAUACUUGUCAUCUCCUGUAUGUAACAGCAGGAACUGGAUUUGAAUUGUAUUCAAAAAGUGAAUUUGAAAAUAGUUUUUUUAAUUUGAAACAUUGGUUUGAAAAUCUGAAUCGCAUAAUUUGAAUUUGAAUCCAUUCGUUUGAACCUUGAAGAGUUGGCACUCUUACCCUGCCACCCAAGACCAGAAUCCUGUACCGUAUUAAUAAACUUAU